AUGUCAUCUCUGAAUGAAACUAAAUUCCAAUUUGCAGUGUUCCUUCUGACCGGGCAAUAUGGGCAGGAAGUUUUCCAUCUCUGGAUCUCUAUCCCCUUCUGCUUCAUGUAUGUUAUUUCUAUAGUAGGAAAUUCAGUCAUUCUGUUCAUUAUAAAAACAGAUCCCAGCCUCCAUGAGCCCAUGUACAUUUUCCUUUCCAUGUUGGCCGUCACAGAGCUGGGUAUAUCAAUAGCCACCAUGCCGACAAUACUGGGUGUAUUCUUGUUUAAUUCUAGGGAGAUCAGCCUUGAUGCCUGUUUUGCCCAGUUGUUCUUUAUCCACUCACUUCAAUGCAUUGAAUCCUCCGUGCUCUUGAUGAUGGCCUUUGACCGCUACGUCGCUAUCUGUAACCCACUGAGAUAUGCCUCCAUCUUAACCCUGCCAAGAAUACCCAAGAUGGGACUGGUGUGUGUGCUAAGAGGCAUGGCUAUAAUACUCCCACUGCCAUUGUUCCUGGAUCGUUUCCAAUACUGUCGAUCCAAUGUCCUCUCCCAUUCCUACUGCCUGCACCAGGAGGUCAUGAAGAUGGCUUGUUCUGAUAUCAGUGUCAACAGCAUCUACGGAUUGUUUGCUAAACUCUUAACAAUGGGGUUGGACUCACUGCUCAUCUUCCUCUCUUACAUGAUGAUCCUCAAAACAGUACUUAGCAUAGUGUCCCAUGCCGAGUGCCUCAGAGCCCUGAACACCUGCGUUUCCCACCUCUGUGCUGUCCUGCUCUUCUACACGCCAGAGAUCGGCCUGUCUGUGAUACACAGAUUUGGGAAGAGAUCAUCUCCCUUCCUUCAGAUUCUCCUGGGCUACAUGUCUCUGCUGGUCCCUCCCCUGAUUAAUCCGAUUGUGUACAGCGUGAAAAGCAAACACCUUCGUGCGAGGAUAAUCAGGGUAUUCAUCAAGUGA